AUGCGUCCAAUAAGAACUUGUGAAAAAAAAAGUCUUAAAAGGUUAAUUGUAAGACUUACUGAAUCAAAUGAUGAUAUAGUUCCAAGCAGAAAACAGUUAUCAAAACAAUUGGAUUUAAAAUAUGAACUAUACGUUUCAAUGCUAACCAAUUUAGUUGCAAAACAUGACUAUAUUUGUGCAACAGCCGAUAUAUGGAGUGCCAAUAAUCAACGUUACAUGGGAAUGACUUGUCACUUCAUAGUGUUAAAUAAUUAUGCUGUAGUUAAAAAAAUAUUUUUGAAGUACAACAAAACCCUGUAG